AUGGAUAAAGCGACGGCGUCUGGAAAGCCACGCCAGAGGGCGUGGAAGCCCAAGGCUCGUUCUGGCUGCAAGACGUGCAAGAUACGGAAAGUAAAAUGCGACGAGGAAAAACCACACUGCAAGAGGUGCACAUCUACUGGAAGGACUUGCGAUGGUUACGAUCCGACCUUCCGGCCGCCGCCGCCAUCGACGCCAUCGCCGCCAGCAGCAAGACGUGACUCCCAUCACUCUGGGUCUGGUUGGAGCGUCGUGCGUUCACAAUCGCCGGUUUAUCUGGCACCGGCUUUGCGCCUCAAUAGCAGAGAGGAGCGAGAGAGCUUCGAGUUCUUCACGUGCCAUGCCGUUACCCACUUGCGCGGCUUCCUCGACUCCCCCUUUUGGCAGCGGGAGGUGCUUCAGGCCGCACAUCGCGACUCGGCAAUUCAACACUGUAUUAUAGCUCUCGGCGCCAUGUACCGACGCUUCUUCCAAGGUAACGGCUCACAUCUGACCGAACAUGACAUGUCGGACAAAUAUCUACAGUUUGCUCUUCGCCAGUCGAAUCGAGCCAUCCAAGAUCUAUUAAAAAAGCAGAUUGCGGAUGACUAUGUAAAAGACAGAACAAGCAAGGUCACUCUCAUGACAUGUUCCAUUCUAUUCAGCAGUAUGUGCUGUCUCCAGGGUCACCAAAAGCAAGCCAUCGAGCACCUCCGCAGCGGCAUCCGAAUGCUGAAUGAAACGGACGAGGAAGAAACAAGAGAAACUCACCCCGUAGAUUUGGAAUCGCUACGCACCAUUUUUGUAGGCCUGGACAUGCAAGUUCGCGCCAUAAUGCCGUCGCGUACAUCCGGCAGCUGGGUCACUAAACCAAAAACCAAACCGCUAUUCACCUCCCCGAACGGCGUCCUAAACAUGGCCAAAUUAAUAGACAUGUUACAACACUCGGAGAGCCUAAUGAAUACUAUCCACGCGUUCAACCAGAGAUCCGUUCUACUCGACCCUGACGAAGCCGCAGAUGACGUCUACGCCGAACACAGCGACCUGCUCAGCCGCUACCACCGCGGCGUAAUCGUAAUGCAACACCUCUGGUCCAAAGCAGCGGACCACGGUGACGAAUACAUCCAACCCCUCACUGCCCUCGAACUUAUGCAGGCACAGAUGGAGUACCUGCUCCGCUACCCCAGAGCCGAUUUGGUCGCAAAGUUCCCCCUUCUAGGCACCUUUGGGGACGUCAAACCCCCAUUCAAACACCCGUUUGAUCUUACAGCGCAGUUCUUCCGUGUCUUUGAACUCGCGACCAAACUGCUGCCGACAGCGACUAGUCCAGCCCCCGUGUUUACGACUACCAUGGGUCCUGUAGCUGCUCUCUGGCUCGUCGCUAUCCGCGCCCCAGGUCCAUGUCAGGCUCUCCGCAGGCGCGCCAUGAACCUUAUGCUGAAUCACCCUCGCCGCGAAGGGUUCUGGGACGGCAUGAUUGCGGGAAGGAUUGCGCGCGAGGGGCUACAGCUGGAGCAGGACCGUGUGCGGGCCAAUCUGGGGUUGAAGGAGGAUGACGAGCCGUUGGGCGAUUUGGAGGUUCCGGACGAGGAGCGCAUUGUGGCGUUUUAUAUUAGUCAUCCGGGUGAUGAUGAUAGGACGGGCAAGGUGGAGCUUUCGAAUACGAGGGAUAUGGCGGUUGGGGUUCCGGGGGCGGUACGGUGGCUUACUUGGUAG